UCGGCUCCCUCCCUCUAUCCUCCGGUCGGCGGCGGUUGUUGUUCAGCGGCGGCGGCCGCACCUCGAGUCCUAACCUCCGGCCGCCCGCUCGCUAGCGGGUCCGCGCGCGCGCGCGGCCAUGGAGCUGGAAGUGCCGGAUGAGGCGGAGAGUGCCGAGGGGGGGACCGUGACCUCGGAGGCGACCUGGUCCACGGAGAGCGGCGCGGUUGCAGGUUUGGCCCAGAAAAAGACGGCCCUGACGGAGGCCCCAUCUAUGACUGGACAGCCGGGCCCUGGUCACGGGAGGAAGCUGGGCCAUCGGGGUGUGGACGCAUCUGGUGAAACCACUUACAAAAAGACCACAUCUUCCACCCUGAAGGGGGCCAUCCAGCUGGGCAUUGGCUACACCGUGGGCAACCUGAGCUCCAAGCCAGAGCGAGAUGUGCUUAUGCAGGACUUCUAUGUCGUGGAGAGCAUCUUCUUCCCCAGUGAAGGCAGCAACCUUACUCCCGCUCACCACUUCCAGGACUUCAGGUUCAAGACCUAUGCACCUGUCGCCUUCCGCUACUUCCGGGAGCUCUUCGGCAUCCGGCCAGAUGAUUACUUGUACUCGCUGUGCAAUGAGCCUCUGAUCGAGCUGUCCAACCCUGGCGCCAGCGGCUCCCUCUUCUACGUCACCAGCGACGAUGAGUUCAUCAUUAAGACGGUGAUGCACAAAGAGGCAGAGUUCCUGCAGAAACUGCUGCCCGGCUACUACAUGAACCUCAACCAGAAUCCGCGGACGCUCCUGCCCAAGUUCUAUGGGUUGUACUGCGUGCAGUCCGGGGGCAAGAACAUCCGUGUGGUGGUCAUGAACAACAUCCUGCCACGCAUGGUCAAGAUGCACCUCAAGUUUGAUCUCAAGGGCUCCACAUACAAGCGGCGGGCCAGCAAGAAGGAACGGGAGAAGAGCAUCCCCACCUACAAGGACCUGGACUUCAUCCAGGACAUGCCUGAGGGACUCCUGCUGGACGCUGACACCUUUUCUGCGCUCGUCAAGACGCUGCAGCGGGACUGCCUGGUGCUGGAGAGCUUCAAGAUCAUGGACUACAGCCUGCUCCUGGGUGUGCACAACAUCGACCAGCAGGAGCGGGAGUGGCAGGCUGAGGGUGCCCAGAGCACGACAGAUGAGAAGCGGCCGCUCGGUCAGAAGGCACUCUACUCCACAGCCAUGGAGUCCAUCCAGGGCGGGGCCGCAUGUGGGGAGGCCAUCGAGACGGAUGACACGAUGGGUGGGAUCCCCGCCGUGAAUGGCCGAGGGGAGCGUCUGCUGCUGCACAUCGGGAUCAUCGACAUCCUGCAGUCCUACAGGUUCAUCAAGAAGCUGGAACACACCUGGAAGGCACUUGUCCACGAUGGGGACACUGUCUCUGUCCACCGGCCCAGUUUCUACGCCGAGCGCUUCUUCAAGUUUAUGAGCAACACAGUCUUUCGGAAGAACUCCUCCCUGAAGUCGUCACCAUCCAAGAAGGGCCGUGGUGCCUUGUUGGCAGUCAAACCCCUGGGGCCCACAGCUGCCUUCUCAGCCAGCCAGAUCCCCAGUGAGCGGGAGGAUGCGCAGUACGACCUGCGGGGGGCCCGCAGCUACCCCACGCUGGAGGACGAAGGCCGGCCUGACCUCCUGCCCUGCACACCACCUUCUUUUGAGGAGGCCACCACUGCAUCCAUCGCCACAACCCUGUCCUCCACAUCCCUGUCCAUCCCAGAGCGGUCCCCCUCAGAGACCUCAGAGCAGCCAAGGUACAGGCGGCGCACACAGUCCUCGGGACAGGAUAGCCGGCCCCAGGAGGAGGCACGCGUAGAGGAGGACCUGCAGCAGAUCACAGUGCAGGUGGAGCCCACGUGCAGUGUGGAGAUAGUGGUCCCCAAGGAGGAGGAAGAGGGGGUGGAGGCUUCCCCGGCCUGUCCCUCUGCCAUUGUUGUUGAAGCUGAAACCGCCAGCCAGGCUUCAGAGCCCGCCAGCCAGGCCUCGGAUGAGGAGGACACGCCCGCCACCGACAUCUACUUUUUCACGGAUGGGAGGUACUGGAUUUACUCUCCCCGGCAUCGCCGACUGCGGGCCAUGACGCUGAGCUCCUCGGGGACUCCCACCGAUGAGAGGAGCUGGGUGUACUCCCCGCUCCACUAUAGCGCACAGGCCCACUCAGCCUCCGACGGCGAGAGCGACACAUAAUUUCUACGAAUCACCAACCCAUAGGAGUGGAGCAUACACUUGGCCAGCCCAGCUUGGCCCAGAGCACAGGAGACGCCACCUGGCUGCCACUGGAUCUCACUCGCCCACCUCCUCCCCUUGGCGAUGGUCACUGAUGCUCCGGGCUGCAAAGCAAUGACCCCGGUUCCGUCAACUACCUGCGCCUGUGAUACUGUGAACCUUCCUGAGUUUCCAAUCAUGUAUUUAUUUUGGGUCCUUACUCUUUGCACAGAGACGGCAGCACACGGCUGCUUUUUUACAAAAAACAAACAAACAAAAAAACACAAAAAACAACCACACACACACACAGUGGGAAAGAAGACACUUCAUUCUAUGCACUUUUUGGUUCUUUGCUAUGCUUGCAUGUGUCUUGCUGAGAGAACAGGCUCAUUGGCUUUGAGGACCUGUGUCCCAUGGUCCAGCCAUUCCAGGUGAAAAUCCUGCUCUGAGUUUCCGCAGGCACCGCCCUGCUCCACCUCUGUCUGUCUUGGAUAGGACACCUAGGAAGGAAGGGCCACCAGGUCCCCACUGGUUCCCAGGGCCCCUCUGGAAGCCACAAGCCUGUGCCCAGCAGCUGCUCUCAGCUCAGGUUUGUGGGCCGGGUGCCCGGACAUCUGUCCUUGGGGGAGGCCGCCUGGUGGCCUGGAGUGGCUCACCACCCUGCUGACUCCUCCAUCUCAGCAUAUGUUUCCCACCACCCCCGCCUCCCAGGUGACUUGGGAGCAGAAAUAGCCUGGCAGUGACCAGAAUAUGGACACGCGGCCACCCCCUCUCUCGAUGGAGCUCAGGGCUGUGAACGUCUCUCAUCCAUGUGGACCGCUUAGUGUCUGGAAGAUAGGGCCCAAGUGAUGGGAGACACCUUUUCAAAGAAGGAUUUCCAAAACAUCCGACUCAGAGGAGGCAGCUGGGCCCUCAGCCACAGGACUUCCAGAGAGCUGGAGCAGGGGCCCUCCCCAUGGGCAGGCACAAGGCCUAGAGGGACAGACUCUCUGCAGCAAGAGUCCCCCCAUGAUGGGUGGGCAGCCUCUCUUUCAUUUUUAAUUGAUGAAGACACCUGUGCAGAUUAAAGGAAACGUUCUUUAAUGAAAAACAGUAUUUUUUUUGUCAUCUUCAACAGGGGCAGCCAUUCCUGGGCCCAGAGCCCCACUGGGUGACUGCCCGGAUACCCUGCUGUGUCCGGA